AAUGCGCUCAUACGUAUCUAUGCAUUUAUAAAUUACGCACAUACAUCCCUGUGUAGACACAUAGACAUACAUAUCUGUGUAUAUAUAUAUAUGAAAUAUACACUCAGGCCCGCAUGCGUUUACGACACGUAUGUUUGUGGACGGAUAAAUAGAUUUUUUUUUUCCCAUCAAUAAUUUCGUCACGCACUUUCCAUCUCCGUCAUCAUCGCCACCAUCAGCCUUGUUAAUUUAAUAUUUUUUUCUCCCCCACAUCACCACAUAGAUACAUAUUUGUCAUCAAUAUUGUUGUAACGAUGUCAUCACUCCGAUGAUAAUUCCAACAUCGAUUUUAAUUACGACGAUGACAGCAAUUAUCAUGACGAUAUAAUGUAAAUGACACUUGUUAAUUAACCAAAUUCUUCCACGCUUUUAUUUUUUUCCCCUUUCUGCUUUCGUUAUUCCUAACCCUAGAGCUAGUUAUUAUUAUUAUUUAUAUCCAGCCUCUCCCCGGUAGAAAUGACAAUUAAAUAUAUUUCUUAUAACCACCAUACCGCUUUCAUACGCGGACACAUUGCUAUUUGACAUAUAUUAUGAAAAGAGCAGAAAAAAAGAUAAAAGGGAAAUCAUGGUCGCGGUUCGAUACCAUGUAGGUCUUCUGGAUCAGAGAUGACUCGGGGUUAAAACAUUACUAUAACCCUGUAAACAAAGGAAGAAAAGCCCCCAAUCCAUCAUUAAUAAUACACACGCAUUCACACUCACUUAUACACACCUAUUUAUUGGACUAUUUAAAUUACGUGACAGGUUCUUGUUAUAAGAUCAAAACUUAAUCAGCGCAUAUUUACGUAUUCAUAUAAAUAUAUACACACAUCCUUAACAGGGUGUGUAGGUACAUAUAAUAUAUAUAAUAUAUAUAUAUUUAAUCGGAAUAGUUCCUGAUUUGCAGAAGAAGAGAGUAAAUAAAAAUAAAAACGAAAACGUCUGGCGACGAAUGCGUAUUUCGUUUGUGUCGAAAUAAUAAGGAUGAGGAAAAGUAAUAAGGAAGGAAUAUGUAUGAAGAAUAUAUAUAAAGAAAUACGCUGACAAAAUCUUUGAGGAAGGGACCAGGAUCGAAACGCUAACCAAAUGAUUCCCCCAAACCAAUCCAAAAUGGAGAGAGUUCUCGCAGACCUGGCGAAUGAAGCAUCCAUUCCGAAAUUUCAUUACAUCAAGAAAACAUGCCAGGAAGCUAUUGAAUUCAUCACCAGCCCAAAUGCAUCUGACAUUCCUGUGCACCAGCUGCGGAACAGAUGCCUGCAACCAUUCCAAAUGGCACUGGAAACACGCACCAAGAGACUCAGUAAUAUGGCAAUCAAAGGAAUUGAGCUCAUCCUGCAAGAUGACCAAUUCCAAUCCAGCCUGGAGUCUGAGAGUGAAGAGGACUGGAUGCCAAUUCAGAUCCUGAACACCGUUUAUUCCACUCCACACUUGCAAGAAGAUGCCCAGGUGGAGAUCCUCAAGCUGCUGUUAAACAUGACCUUUUCCACAGCAUGGUGCAUGAAUUCCAAGAUAAUUAUAGAAAUCUCCCAGGUGUAUAUAAAGAUCUUUGUUGGUGGUACGAUCAGCGUACAGACGGCUAUCAAAGCCACCAUCACACAAAUGCUGAGCUGCUUUACAAAGAGACUACAGGAAACUGUCGAGAAAAACAAAGUACCCCGGCAUGGAAAGGAGAGAAAAGAUAAUAAUGUGAUGAAAGAUUUUGAACCAAAAGAUUUCGUCAACAUGGAUUGUGCACUUCAAGAAGUUAUUUCUAUCUUGAAAUUCUUUACCAAGAAAUUAGAAGAAACACAAAAUAACAACGUCACUUCAUCCAAACACUCAAUUCCAUUAUUAUUGGAAUGCAUUCUCACCAUUUUGUCAAAUUCUUCUAAAAUCCUGACCAGACAAUCACUGUUUGUGGACUUACUAUGGAAACAUCUAUGUCCUGCCUUGAUAUCUCUGCUUGGAACUCCAAGAUCAGAACGAAGUGUCACAACUCCACGAAACCCUGACGAAGAAAUCGGUCGAGGAUCAGGCUGUUCAACCACCGCUCCAAAUCUUCUGGCCACCACAGCCAAAGUUAUUUACAACAUUGCAGUUCAGUUGGUGCGUUUGGUGGGGUCAGUCGGUAGCCUAAGACCUGUUCUGGAAUCGCUCUUUCAUCGGAUGUUACUCUAUCCUCCGCCACAACACCGACAUGAUGCUCUGAAAGCCCUGAAACUGUUGUUCAACUCCCCCAGAGGAGUCCUCGACAUUGCAGCGCCGACGGCCUCGGAAUCCAGCAACUCCGACAAGAAACUCUCCAAUCAGAAAUCUGAUAUUGCAUUUAUGAAGCUAAUCAUCGACAGCAUCCAGGAAUGUUGUCAUUGUAAUGACUCUGCUGUGUGUAUAACGAGUGUUGAGUGUAUAACGAUGCUGUUACGCACCCUCGAACGACUGAGUAAGGGCAUUGAUAUUCCAGAGGAUGUUGUGAGGGACAUUAACAGUUUCUAUGACCGCCAGGAGAGAGAUUCCAAGCUCAACUUGAAUAUUGAGCCUGAGGGCACGAACCCACUGAACCCGCUGCCGCCGACAGAAGUGGAACCAGCUGACAUUCCAAAGACUGCUGCUAGUGAUAGUUUAGAAGGAGAAGAGGUGGGAGGAGAAGAUGUUGAAGUGGGAAGAGGAGGAGGAGAAGAAGAGGUGAGAGAGGUGUCGGUGGUGAUAGUGGAGAAGGAAGAAGAGGAGGAGGCGGAGGAAGAGAAAAUUGACAACGAGGAGGACGAGGAUGAGAGAGUUGACGGCGAAAGUCAACAAGAAAUUGACGAUGCAGCAUGUGAUGACGACGACAGUGACGAGGACACUUGCAGUGACAGCUCCGUCGUAAGCCACGUCUACUGUCCACCUCACCCUGUCCAGGAACCGGAAAACCUGCCGAACGACACGUCCUCGUCGACGUCAGCUCAAGAAACGCUCCCCAAGAAAACUGCCCCUGGCUCGACCACGUCCAAGGCUUUCUUAUGCCAGAAGCAAGACCUCGCUGAAAGGGAACACGCUAGGGAAUACAUGGGUAAACUCGCCGACCUGCUGCCACGCCUUAUGAACCUGAUGUCAAUCUGUCGAGUUGACAACGUUCUGCAGGAGUUUGCUGCCUCGUUUUGUUCAGACAUGGUGAAUGGAUUCCCGGCCAAAUGUGACGAAUCCACUGUGAUAGUGAAUGCCGAUGGUAUCUAUGUGACGUCCAUUGCUGUCCUCUCGCUCAACCUCAAGUUAUCCGUGAAGAACUUUUAUAACCCAGACUUCCAGGGCAAAGUACUUGUUACAGAGGAACAGUUUGUAGACAAUGUUCUCAACAGCGGCUUGGUGGUGUUCCUCUCGACGAGUUGGCUCAGUGAAGUUUAUAAGCAAAUUAUAUCAACAAACCUAUUAGAGAAUGCUGGUUACCAGUUUGACGACGAAUCCCCACUUAUUUCAAUGCUGACAGACAUCGAUGGUCUUGACAGUCACGAACUCUGUGGUCAGAUUCUGAUGGAUGCCCGCACCACAUGCAGCACGUUGCUCUCCGAUGAUGACGAUGACGAGGAGGAGGAAGAAAGGGACGAAGAGGUGGACAGCAUUCGAAGAGGGGAAAACAGAAGGGAGGGGGGACACACACGAAGAGAACGACCAAGUAAAGAUGCAGUAAUGGCAGGUAAAAGACUGGCAAAGAGGAUACUCUCUACUUGUUGGGAUGGUAUGCUUGAUGUUCUUGCCGUGCUCCUCAAUGGCAAGAGUUCCUGUGGUAUAACCAGCAGCCUGGCGCUAAUGCUCGGCACCGAAGGAGCGAGGGAGGAGAGCAUGAAGGCCCGUGAAGCUAUAUGCCAGAGUUUGACCGGCUUGCAGAAGGCGGCUAAAUUAUGUUGCAUUCUGGGUCUCCAAAAACGAUGUGCUGCAGUGUUUGCUUUGUUGGCCAGCUCGUCUUGUGUCAUCGAAGAACGUUCGGUCUUGCACGACCGUAAGCUUCCUCUAAAGGCACCGAUUUUACCGAACCGACAGAAACUGGUCCGUCUUCAUGCUGCGCACAUCCUCAGCAUGGAUGUUGUGAUGCUGAUUGGCCUGGAGAUGGGAAGCCAUGCUUCAGAUUGCUGGAAACAUAUUUUCAGGUGUUGUAGUCACAUAGCCUGGCUUGAACACACCUACUUCAGCGCUGGCAACAAUCAAUCCAGUCUUCCGAAGGUUCACCACGAACAACCUGUGAUGUCAAUACCGAAUGCUGACGGCUCUUAUAAUUGUGAUCCUGAGAUGUAUAUGACAUCAAUGGUACCAGUAAUGCCUGUGGCACCAACCAUUAGUGUACACGAACUGACGAGGCUGAGCAAAGUUGAAGCUGGAUGGGAGAGUGCCCUGAGUGGCGGAGGGGUCCUCAGUGCAUCUCAUGCUGCCAAAGCGCUUUGUGGACUCUCCCAAGAAGUUGAUCGUCUUUUCGAAGAUGCUGCUCAGAAAUUGAACCUGCAAGCUCUGGUUAGCUUCCUGUCUGAGCUCUGCACAGCCAGCCACCACCAGCUCGUACAGCUCUCUACAAUCAACGACGAUGAAGAAAUCAUCAACGUGGCAAUUAAACUACCAACCAACGCCCUCCUGCUCUACAGACUUCAGGAAGUCCUCAUGAAGGUCUUGCACACUGGCAGACCCUUGUUACACCUGGUGCAGGCUUUCAACGCAGUUUCCACUCAUUUGGUUGAGGCUGCUGGCAACCGGGAAAGACGAAUCUCCAAAAUGGCUGUGACCUGUAUGCACGAUUAUAUAACGUCAGUAUUGAGUACUCACACAGAGAAACCUCAUUUUCAUGUGAACGAGUUGUUGUGUAAAGGUUUUGAAAGUCUCUUCUCGAUGGAUAUAUGUGAUGGAGAUGUGCAAGACCAGGUUGUAUGUUCAAUCUGUGAACUUGUGGAAGCUUGCACAGCCGAGAUCCGAUCCGGGUGGAGACCCCUGUUUGCAGCUCUCCAGGCUGUGAAGAUUGAAUACACUUUAAAUGAGGAAAUUAACGAAUCUCGACAGCGCCAUAUUGCUGCUGUUCUUGAUGUCUUCGAAGUCUUCCUCAACACAGACAAUAUUUUGGUCUUUGCCAAUGCGGCCGUCGACUGUAUACUCUGUCUGUUGAAGUACGUCCGUGGCCCAGGUGAGUUUGAAUGCUCCAGUGAUGGAGAUUCUGACUCUGGCAGUGAUUUCGCCACCAAUGACUGCACGGAGAACCUCUGUCUCCCAGCCCUCAACUACCUGAAGCAGUGUUGCCACAUGUUGGCCUCCAUGUGGAAAAUGCCACAGUCUCCAAUUUUCAACAGUGCACACAGGAUCCAAGUAGGGUUUCUCCAGGAGAUUGUAGACCCAAAUAUUUCCAAUAUGGACUUUGAACUUUUUAAGCAAAAUUUCUCAUCAGUAGAUUCAACAACAACAACAACAAAAACACCCACAUCAACAACAACAACAAACAGUUCAGAAUCCAAAUCCAACAUUCCGCAGGGCGAAAAUCUCGCCGACCCCGUUGUCGCGUCCCAGCCUGAAAUGGCAUCAAACAGGGACAGGCGGAACAGCCCGACUGACAGCCACAGCAUCACAUCGCAGGAUUCCGGCCUCGAUGUGCCCACCACUGAGAAACUCGGCUUGAUGGAGAACCUAAGGUGCGAAGACCGAGUAAAUUUGUAUCAAAUGAUAAGCUUGGAAUCGCUCGACAAUCAUUGCGGCCUUCUACACGUCUGGUUUCUCAUAUUGGAUGGUUUGGCCAGCGCCACGGCCGUCUGUCCUCGCACUUAUCAACCACAGACAAUGGAAAUGCUGUUUGAAUUGCUGAGAGAAACUACAAAGACUCCAGGUCCGACAUUCAGCAUGUUUUGCGUGAACAAUCUUUUAUUACCGACGCUACAGUCGUGGCUCCGCCGCAGUUACCAUAACCAAACUUACUGGGAAACUGGUUCCACUAAUUUCAAACUGUGUUGUGGACUCACAACAGAUCUUCUUGUGGAAUUUGUCUUGGAAUUUUCAGAUGACCACAAAAACGAGAAAAUGUUGGAGACCAUGCUGUACAAACUGUUCAUUGUCCUAAUAGAAUGUGUGGCACAACCUGUGGAAGUGAUCUCACGUCUUGGAUGCUCUUGUAUCAGACAUAUUGUCUUAGCAUCUGGACAUUGUUUCACCGAGGGAAUGUGGCAGGUGACCAUCGACAGCUUCGAGAAAGCAUUCGAGGUCACCACGUACAGCUUACGUCAACUUAUGAUGCUGUUUCACCAAAACUCCGAGAACUUCUACGGAGACAUAGGGCAAGUGAAAGUGGCCACGCGGAAAGACUGUACACCGAUCGCUCUGGAACGACUGCGACAAUUAGCUCAACAGGUAUUUCUGCUGGACAGUCAAAUCCAAGGUGGUGGUCAUAACCUAUCCUGUAAUUCCUAUUCCGAUGUGGACACAGACAAGUCUUACAUCUUCCUGCUCUACCCACCUGUCCACGACGCCAACUCGAACCCCGAACACCUGGUCACCAGGGUUCCAUUCCGAAAUUUGGUUGUUGGACUUCUGUCGCAUCAGCUGUUGUUGCAGACAGUUGGUUCCAUACUUCUGCAGCUGCAGACGAGCACCGAACCAGACAGCGGGGUUAGAAAUUGUGCCGACAACAAUAACACAACUCAUUCCUCAACUGAGCAACAACAACAACACCAACAACAGCCACAAUCCAUGUCAUCGCCUUCAUCAGCGCCACCAUCUGCGACAUCAUCACCAUCUUCUUCAAAUUCUUCAUCACCCCUCCCAGGAAUGCUCCCUUAUCUGUCGACCCGCAACGUUGCCAAGGUCCUUGACUGUCUCUACAUGUCCUACCACAUCGCUUGUGAUUUUGAUUCAAGGCCCGGCUUGAAGUUCCUCAUCCAGAAGGUUGCACAAACUGACGUCGCUGCCAACCUUUACAAACAGGCUGGGGCCAGUAUGGUGUUUUACAUCCACACCCUCAUUGAAAUCUGCUCCAGCGUGAGCCCCCUUCAACUGGACACGACCCGUAACCUACUCAAGCAGAUGUCCACGUCGUUCCUGAACAACCGGCAAGCCUGCAUCACCCGUGCGCAGACCGUGACCAAAGAUAUCAGCAGCAACGUGGAGAUUUUCCUUUUCCUCUUACAGAGCAUUUGUGAUGAGUUGUGCCAGACCUACGUCGAUAUGACCCUUGAUGAGGAAACCACGACGUGCGUGGACCGUCUCUCCGAACAACCCCUCGUCUUUCUUAUUGCCAAACCUGAUGAACUCAGUGAUAUCACUGGAUCGACAGAGUCGAAGAAAAUGAACAAAUCCCCUUCUUUCAAAGGAUCCCUUUAUCAUCCAACAACUUCACCCGUCGCAACACAACCGGCCGAAGCACCCUUUGGUAGCGACAGCAAGACCGCAGCAACCCGGGACGACCCCAUCUCACCGUCGAAAAGCACAAGCGAAGAAGAUAAAGAUCAUCCAGAUGUGACCAACACGCUGAAAAGCAAAAAAGAGAAGCGAGCCGAGAGGGAAGGGCGUGUUUACACUGUUGCCACGGAUAAGUUUAUCAAGAAUCUCAUGACGGAAUAUAAGAAGCGAAAGCAGCAACAUUCGAUGCCAGCUUUUGUGAAAGCGACGAAAGUGGACCAGAGUAAGCACUCAGAAGCCACUGUGCCACCGACGCCACGGGAACCCGUGGCGCAGGAGAUCGAGAAACAGCAGAAGUUUUCAAUCAUGAAAGACAGUGAAGCUCAUUUGAAAUCCUGGACCGAAUUGCUCUGUGCCAUUCUUCGACUGUUCCAAGAACUACCAGAUCAUAAAUUCUAUGCCCUGCUGCCGACCGUCUUCAACUGUCUCAACCAGUUAGUGUGCCACUCUCGAGAACAACGCCUGAACGAUGCCCUGGCACAGUGGCUCCACCGAGUCGGACACUUAGUCGGAAUCAAUCCUUUGUAACGACUGAAACUGUUUAGGAAAUAAAGAAUUAUUUCAGAAAACACACACACACACACAGUUACAUACAAGCACACUGGCAUAGAUGCACACUGGUAUAUACUUAGGUAUAGCGAUACACAGGUGUACACACUCACUCAUGCACACGUAUACACAUGUUCACAGAUACACACACACACAGGUAGAUACAUAUACAGGGACACACAUGCUUUUAGAAUUUUCCUGUUGAGGAAGGACUAAAGUUGAAUGAAUUUUGUUCCUCGCACCC